AUGGACAUCAUCCUGUCUGUCGAGAAUCUCUCCUCAGAGCACACUGCUGCUCUAUCACGUCUGGUUCAGCAAAGGGAAAAGGCACAGACUGACGGGCCUGACUGUGGUCGGCAGGGGUUAGCACCCCUGGUUAUCAUCGAUGAUACCCGGGAAAUUGUCCGUUCCUUUUGCAAAAAUGACGAUGAAGAGUCUUUAGAGGAAGAGUCUGGUAGCGAUACUUCGAGCCGACCCCCGCCAACAGAGCCUGAUGAGUGCGAUUCGACCGUUAUCCUAGACGACUUUAUACCAUGCGAAGUCUCUGUUGGAUCAGGCAGGGAAGGAGGACCGACGGAGAAUAUCAGCCCGGUCAGCAUAAGCAACAACGUUGGGGCUCUGCGGGCUCAGGAUACGGUAUUUGAUCUCUUCAACACUCUACCUCCUAAUCUGUCACCUCCAAACAAUACUUAUAUCCGUCGAACAACACCGUCAUUGAUCCCGGACUUCUGGGAUAAUGAAUUACCCAACGCUCCUUUCUCCCUGGGCCAUGCCAUCUCGAGGGGCGCUUCUCCAGAUCCUGAACCUAGGUUUCCUGUCUCCCAGACGGUCAAGGCCGAUCUCAUGUCUGCCUACAUCCAAGAGACUGCGACAUGGUGCGAGACCACCGACUCGGACAUGCACUUUUCGGUGAGGAGUGUUCAUGAUAUGAUGGAUUCGAAGCCUUUCGUCGCAGCAGCAAUGUCCCUCGCUUCCCGCCAACGAGAUGCUGUGCAAGGCCGUCGCCGACAUCUUACGCUCGAACUUUAUCAGUACACUAUUCGCCUCUUACUGGGCCAGGACCCUACCAAACCGGAUGCGUCGAUCUUGGCGACGUGUACCAUUCUUUGUGCCUACGAGAUGAUGGCAUCGAGCGUUUCCGAGUGGAGGCGUCAUCUAAGAGGUUGCGCAGAGUUAUUAAGAAUGUGCAAGUGGAAUGGCAACAGCGAGGGCAUCGUCAAGGCUUGCUUCUGGGCCUUCGCAAGGAUAGAUGUAUGGGCAGCCUUCAUUCUUAGACAGACCACUUUGAUCCCUACAGACUCGUGGGUGAAUCAAGACUCUCUUGUCUUGGUUGUUGCAAAGGGAGACACCGACGAUUACUGCAACCUGGCCAUUUUGAUCUUCGCGAGGAUCAUCAACGUUCUCAACGAUAAAGGUUGUGUUAGACGCCAAUCUCAGACCAGGCUGAGAGACAACGUCCAGGACUUGUGGGAAGAGCUACAGCUAUGGCGACGCUGGCGCAUCUCAAGUAAAUGGCAACAACAGCACUCAGCCCACAUUGGCAUGCUCGAGAACUAG